AUGGACACUGGAUUUUGUAAUAAAAAAAUAUUAUCAUUAUUUCGUAAUCAACAUGAAUAUGUGAUUGAUAUAAAUAAAAUUAUUAAAGAAUUAGCUUUGCCUCCUAAACUAGUCAGAGAUUAUCUCCAAGAAAUGACAGUAUUGUAUCAAAUAACAGAUGAUCGAAAUAGCCUUCAAUUCAAUCCACAAAUAUCAUUAUGUGACAAAUAUCAACAAAACAGAUGUACAGACAAAUCGUGUAUCGCAUUACACAUUUGCAAAGAAUUUUUAUUAAAUCAAGAAUGUGAGAAAUUACGUCGAACUGGUCAUUGUACAUUCGACCAUUCGUUGGAAACCAAACAUAAUCAAAACAUUUUAAGACAUUUUAAUUUAACAUCCGAUCUUAUAUCCUCCAUAUUCAAAUUUAAACAAGAGAAAGACAAUGAUCAAGAUGCAAAUCGCAUUGACGACUGGCUGUCACAAAAUAAGAAAGAAGAUCAGGAAAAUAUAAAUGAUUCUGGAAAUACCAUAUUAAUAUUAAAAUCAAAAGAUAAUCAAAUAGAAUUCACUGAAAAAGUACUUGAUCAGCUAUUAUAUGAAAAUAAACAACGUGUUAAACAAAUAACCAUUCUAAACAAAACAACAGUGGAAAUAGAAUGGUUAGAUGCUGAAGAACGUUCCACUUCUACGCCAACCCAUUUACCACAAGUUGGUCGAGGUCGUUCAAAAAUAAUGGAACGUCCUCUCUCACCAUUUAUUACUCAGAAACGAACAGACGAAUUACCUGUAUCAGCAACAGCACUAAAACUAGUCACAACUAUAUCGCAACCUACACAUAUGGCCUUUUCAUCGAGAUUACAAUCAUCAGUGACUACUCCAAAACAACAACAAGCAUCAGCAUUUGUUCCCUUUCAAAACGAUACACCAUUUUUCACUUCUCCACAAACACCGAUCUCACUUACAGAAAACGAAGACAUAGAAACUGAAAAGAAACCAACUCAAUUAUCGGCAUUUUCAGCAUUUUGUCAACGAGUUGGUAAAGAACCUUCUUCGAAACGAGCAACGAAUAAUGAUAGAAAUAUAGCUGGUACUAUAUCAGAAUCACCAAAGUCAAACGAAAAACACACACUAAUAAAUAAUGUGUCGUUCUCAAACGUCGAUAACCAACGACAACAAGUCCCAAAUUUCAACGAAGUUCAUUCUCACCAACAAUCAGUAAUGGAUGAAUCGACUUUAGAACCUUUACAAAAUGUAAUAACAACCAGAGGUGAAGAAUUUACACAGCGACAUAAUUUCGCUUUAAAUAAUCAUCAACGAGAACUAGCAGACAAGAAUAAUGAGUUAGCAUCUCUUCAAACUCCAUACUCAAAUCAUUUAGGUGAAAAUAAAUUAAAAAUAUUAAAUAAUGAUAAAACAGAAAUUUAA